GUUUUUUACAAUUAACCAAACAUAUGGCACAUCUUUUAGCUUGAUUGCUCUCUUAGCCGUUCACGAGCUUUAAAACCCACGACUUUCCCUUUACCAACCUUGCCACCCCUCAGAGCAUGUUUUCAUUCCCUCACCAGGGUUCCUUCAAGAAAUUGGAGAAGUUGGGCCAGGGAACGUAUGCAACGGUUUACAAAGGACGCAAUCGCGAGACGAAUGAAUUAGUGGCCUUGAAAGAAAUCAACCUCGAUGCUGAGGAAGGCGCACCCUCAACGGCUAUCCGGGAAGUCUCAUUGCUGAGACGUCUUACACAUGAGAAUAUCCUGACCUUGCACGAUGUAAUAAAUGUUGAAGACAAAUUGGUGCUGGUGUUUGAAUACAUGGAUAAGGACCUCAAGCGCUACAUUGACACUCAUGGGGGCCCCCUCGAUGCCGCCACGGCCAAGUCCUUCGUCUACCAAUUGCUGCGCGGUGUUUCGUUCUGUCACGAGAACGGCAUCCUACAUCGAGACCUGAAGCCCGAGAACCUACUACUCAAUCAGGAUGGACGACUAAAACUUGCUGAUUUUGGACUUGGCCGUGCGUUCGGUAUCCCCAUCAGCAAAUUUUCGAGUGACGUGGUCACUCUUUGGUACCGUCCUCCAGAUGUGCUGCUUGGAAGUCGCACGUACACGACCAGCAUAGACAUCUGGUCCGUCGGAUGUAUCAUGGCGGAAAUAUAUACAGGUUCUGCAUUAUUUGCUGGAACAACAAAUGCGGAUCAACUGUUGAAGAUCUUCAAUAUUAUGGGCACACCAACCGAGCUCACCUGGCCAGGCGUCAGUCAGUUGCCCGAAUACAGAAACGAUUUCCCGCCUUGCUCCCCACAAAGUCUGCAACAACUUAUACCGUCAUUAGACCCUGUAGGGAUUGACCUCCUGGGACGGAUGUUGCAAUUAUGCCCAGAAGCACGCAUCAGCGCCACUGAUGCUUUGAAUCACCCCUGGUUCCAGGGUUUUACUUAGAAGGUUGCGUCGAAAAAUGCCUUCUAUUAUAGAUACUGUCUCUUCAGUCGAUUCUUCAGUCAUACAUCCAGGCGCUUCCUACACCUCUAAUCAACUACAAUCUUUCUAUUGCGUUGUUUCGUGUAUUACGACUUCAAGAUUUUCCAGGCCAGGAUGCCGUUUAAGUUGAUUCCAAGAAUUGCAGAAGAAUCCUGCGGGUGAUUGCAAAGCAACAGUUGGGUCCCCCCACCUCCCCCUACACAGAAGCCGGAUGACUUGGCAAUUCCCGUCCGGAUCCACACUGAUUAUCGGCCUCUAUAUCGGGUCGGAGUUCAAUCUCGUGAAGCCGAUCACGUUAUGUCUUCAGGAACAUUGCAGCACAUUUCAUCAAUGACUCUGAUAGAUUACAUGUAUCAUACUU